CCAUCCCAGUCUCUCUCCUCGCGUUGCGCAUCUCAAGAGGUACAAACAAGAGCAAGCUCAGGGCCCAUUAGCCCCACGCCGGACUCUCCCACAGAGGAACUCGGCCCCAAGCCCCGGAGGCCCCGGCAGGCCGCCUCCGGAGGAGCCCCCGCAGACGCCAUACUAAAAGCCAAAAUGGCUGCCCCAAGGAAGCCCGCACCGCGCAGCUAGUGAGGGCUGGGUAACAAGCUUCUGCGGGAAAGGGGGAGGGGGACUCUAGGAAGAGCCGUCGCCAGGUACAUCGCCCCCCGAGCCUCACAGAUUUGUAAAAGAGUUGCAAAGAUAGUACAGAGAAUUUCUGAAUACCCUCACCCACCUCCCCUAAUGUGACCAUCUCACAUUACCGUGGUACAUGUGUCAACUCUGAAAAAACAACGUUCUGGUUACAGCCACCCCUUGCCAUAACUUUUGAACUAUAUUUGGAAAAAUACUGGCCAGAAAAAAAAUGAUAAAAUUCUUCCUCAUGGUGAAUAAACAAGGGCAGACCCGACUUUCUAAGUACUAUGAACAUGUGGAGAUUAAUAAGCGUACACUUCUGGAAACAGAAGUCAUAAAGAGCUGUCUCUCUCGAUCCAAUGAACAAUGCUCUUUCAUCGAAUAUAAGGAUUUCAAGCUGAUAUAUCGGCAGUAUGCGGCUCUCUUCAUUGUGGUUGGAGUUAAUGACACUGAGAACGAGAUGGCAAUUUAUGAAUUCAUCCAUGACUUUGUGGAAGUUUUAGAUGAGUACUUCAGCCGAGUGAGUGAAUUAGAUGUAUCCUUUUUUCAUUGCUAUGAGCCAAGUUUUCCACAGUACUUGGCAAAGCACAGGCCAGUCCGGAUCAGGCUUGUUCUACUUCUAGUAAAACUAACGUCGCAGAGCAAGACAGAUCGGAUAUUAAAAAGAAACAACCUAAGCACAAGAAAUCAGGACAGAAAUCCUGGCUUGUUGAAAGCCCUCCUGCUAAGUGGAAACUCUCUGCUGCAGUGUAGUGUCAGGUAGGGCAGCCUGCACCAGUGGGGCCAAGCACAUCAAUGACCUAAAUCACUCGUGUGCGGGGAAGAAGCUCCCGUACCUUCUUCACAGUCCACGCCACUCACGGGACCGAAAUAAUGCUUGAGGACUUCUGUAGGGAAAGUUCGCCCUCCCUCAUACUUUGGGAGACUUAGAUAAGACUUCCACAAAUUAAGAUAGUUUUUAGGAACCAACUGACGAGCUCCUCAAAGUGCGCUCAUCUCUGGAGCCCCAGGUUUGCUGAAUUCUCCAGACGAUUCCUCAUUCAAAGGAGCAGUCUCCGCCACUUCUGCUAAAUCGUCGGGAUGGCACCAAUGAAUAGCGCCAUUCAGAUGUCCAACUCCUUCUCGAUUCUGUGCACACAUACUGUGUGUGAAGGUACCAGAUACCUGAACACCCCUUUGUGGUAUCUGGUGCCUUACAGAGGCUUAAAGACGUGGUUUAUUUUGGCUAGAGUGGAAUGCAGCAGGACUGCCUUAGACCUGCACAACCAGGGUCCCCUUCCUGGGACCUGACUGUACAGACCCCUCUCUGGCUCUCCCUCAGCAACACCCUUCUCCAUGGGGUAGGGAUGCUCACCCAGAGGCUGCAGGGCCCCCCAUCCACUUCUUGACCACCCUCUAGCUUCCUGGGUCCCCAGGCACCCUGAAGUCUGUUGCCAAGGCCUGUGCAGGCCUCUCUCCCACCCCCACCACCUGAUGGAGGGUAGGAAUGAUAGAGAGGCUGGGAUGGUAACGAGGAUAUUACACAUACAUUCGUGGAAAGAAAAGCCAGGAACAGGCUGGGGCCCCUUGUCUUGUGCCCCCUCCCCCACAAAUGUAGGUCUAGAAUCCAGAAUGUUUUCUUCAUUCAAAAUUAUCUUUAAAAAAAUCUUUAGCAACUUCAUCUUUUUAUUUUAUGAGCCUGAGCAGUUAGUUCUAGAACCUUAAAGCUCAUGUGGGUGAUGUGAAAACCGCUCUCUUUACUGCAGUUGAGGGUAGAGGGUAGAAAGGGCCUCCAUCCUGCUUGCACCCUCUGUGACUCAGCUCUUAUCUGCCAAGGAGCGUCCAGGAGGAGGAGGCCCCCAGGCAACAGUAAGCAGCAGCACCAAAGUUUGCAGUCAGGCCCCAUAAGGCCCCAGGCCACACUGGGAGGCGUCUAUCCAUCGUUCCUUCUUUCCUUCCUAAAAUCCCGAACACCUUUAGAGGUCCAGAAGCCAGAAUAGGGCUUCUCCAAGUAGGAGAUAAUUUCCGCCUGACUUAAUGAAAAAUCACAAAAAGUACUUGUUCAACUAAAGGCUAUGGAAAUACUGGCUAGAAGACCAGAGAAGUUUUUGAGAAAUUCUCCCUGAAGUUUACCUUUAGAGUCAUAGGAUUUGACUGCUUUGGAGCUGUAAGAAAACUACACAAUCAUUAGGUUGAAAUCUCAUUUCUGUUUGUUUUUGUUUUUUGGGGUGUGGUAGUUAGGUUUACUUAUUUAUCUAUUUUUAGAGGAGGGACUGGGGAUUGAACCCAGGACCUCCUGCAUGCUAAGCAUGUGCUCUGUACUUGAGCUAUACCCUCCACCCUAAAACCUCACCUCUUAGUUGAAGAGUGAAGAGGCUGAGGCCCAGAGGGGUUCUGUUCCGUGUCUCAUACACCCAGGGCUAAGCAGAAUCUUCAUGAUGAUAAUCUAUACAGUUGUGAUUAGAUUUUCAGUGUAAAUACUGGCCCUUUGCAACUUAUUUAAUUCCAUGGGAAAUUAAAUUAAAAUAUUAAAAAAUGAGAGCAAGUUUUUUCCCACUCUACUUAAAGAAUUUUGCUUAGCUAAGAUCUUAAAAAAAAUUAAAUAAGAAGACAAGGGAUCUGAGAGCAAAAUCUAGAAUUAAAUUUUAGUUUCCAGACUGGGCUCUGCCCUGGAAUUUUUAGGUCCCAUUUGAAUGUAUGCUGCUUAGUUUUCUCUUAUUAAAGGAGAACUAGACCACCCACCACAGUGGUGUUAAAAUACCACGUUGAAAAGUGUUUUUUGAUCCAGAGAUCAAAAUUCCAACUUAUGAACCAGAGACAUUUCAAUCACUUUAAUUGAAAAAUUGAUUUCAAUUGGCACUAAUAUUACUGGGGCCCUAAAGAUACUCAACUCCAGUUCACAUUACAGAGAAGUUCGGAAAGGCUCUUAGGUUUCAGGGUGCGGAGAAAGUGGGGCUUUAUGAAUCUACUCUUUGGGCGGCUGUUUCUAAUUCAUAUCAGCUCCAACUGUAGGGUGCCCAUGAGGGGAAUCAGGUUGCCUCAAGGAUCUUUAAGUCAGUCGAGUUCAGUAUAACCUGAAGGUUGGACCCUCUUAAAAUAGUCAUUCUCACCUCAUCGCAUUAACAACCUGUGCCUUUUUUGCUUCCUCCUAUUCCAAAUGUCCUAUUUCAAGGGUUCAAGUGUGUUUGCCAUGGGGCUUAGCGUUAUAGGGUGUUUUUUUGGUCCCUGCUCACCUGGCAUAUAGCCCAAAUGCCAUUACUCUUGGCUUUGCCAGUGUGCACAAGUUGCUCUUAAACCAAAUCGAGAUGUGAACAACAGCUGGAUUCUUAUUUUAAAGGAGUCACAUGAUUCCAGGGGGAAAUCAGCUUUCAGGCUUUUGCCUCAUGUUGGCUUUGGUCUGUGGCCUCCCUGUAUAGUUAGUGUCAGGAAGUUGCAUGGUUAUUAGGGGUCUGAACCAGAUACUCAAGACAGGCAGUCACAUGAACACAGUACAGAAUGACCUCACUGAGCAACUCAUGUUUCCAGGAUGUUGGGAAAUUCAGACUUGCUGAAGGACCUUGUCCCGGCCAUGUGAGGAUGUCAGUGGUUGAUAUGAUUCAGCAGAAACUUCUAAUCCAACUGUCAAAACAUUUGGCUGGUUGCUCACGGGGGCAUAUGAAUUGCUCGUUGUCUUUUUGCCAAAGAUGGAGCAGUCUUCAGAGCAGUUUGAUUCCCUGGACCAAUUCAAAUAGGAUAGAUUAAGAUGAGAUCUCCUUCUGUCUCAAAAGAAAUCACCUUGGAUGGAUUGACAUUUUCAAAGGCACCAGGCUUUCAUCGCCCUCGUGAAUGCAAGGGGAUCCUAUGGGGCGUUUUUCAUGCAGCAGCCUGUGCUUCCCAGCUCUGUCUUUCUUUAUACCUGGCUGUCAUUCCUACCUUGUCUUGGCUUUUCAGUUCUGGCUUCUGGGUCUGGUGAACAGGACUGAGUCGAGGGCCUGAUAUCCCAGUCCCAAUUUGUCAUGGACAAAGCAAUCAUCUAUCUAAUUGGAAGACAUUAUUAAUAGGUCUAUCAGAGUAAAGCUUUUUUUUUCUGGGUCACUUAAGGACAGUUCCCAUGGGCUCCUGAAAAACAGUUUAUUCUGCUGAAGGACUAUUUGCACAGAGCUUAAUGAGGUAUUAAGACAGAGCCUAGUAGAAACUUAAAAGUCAUUCACAGGGUUGUCUCAUUUGCUAUUGAUAUACUUUACUAAACAAAUACAAUAGAUGAACAUCUGGAAUUAUUGGGGAAAAAGAUCAGGUGGUAAUGACUCAUUUUUCAAAGAUUCACUAAUUAUGAAUUCCCCUACUGCAUUUAAUCACUCACUUGUUGAAUGAAGUUAGUCUAUUUGAAACAAUCUGUCAGCUGUUUUGUUUUUUCUUAUAACAGACCAGGAUCAUUCUUGAGAUGGAAACUUAAGAUAAAGUAUAGAAUUUAGAAACGUUCAACCAUUGUCACCAUUUCAUUCCAGUUCCUCUUUUCUUUUCACAAAAGACAAGUUAGGUACCCAAAUGAAGGGGCUCCUGGGGGAAGAACUUGGCUGUUUCUAAUUAGCUAGACUUCAUAGUCUAACAGUAUUUUCUUUUUCCCCCAUGCCCUAUACUGACUUAACAGUAAGAACAUCAGUAAACUAAAGUGGCUCCCUAAUUCUCAAAUGAGUAUUUUUAGGACUCUCCAUUUAUAAGAGGUACUCUCUUGAAAAUCAGAUUUUUUAUCUCCUUAGGGAUAGAGUCAGCAUUGCCUUGUCUUCUUCAUUCACUUCUCGUGUUAUUUUUUCCCUCCAGCCUGUCUGACAUAGAAGAUGUUCAAGAUGCAGUGUUGUAAAAGCAUUUGUUUGGAGGUGGAGGUUUGGGGGUGGAGGAAGGGUGUAUGCUCAGCAGCCUCAGGCCUUUCCUGAGAAGUCUGAAAGCAGAGCAGUUAAGCCUAGACUUUGGGUUUAUUCCAGCUCUGGCAAUUACUAGCCACGUGACCAUGGACAAUGGCUUGGAGCCUGUUGGCUCCUGUGUAAAAUGAGAAUAUGUUAGCAUGUACAUCACAGAGUUGCAGAGAAGACUGAAGUAAUGUAUGUAAAACACCCAACACAAUGCCUGGAACAUAGUGAGUAUUCAACAAGUCAUGGCUAUUACUGUUGUCAUUAUUGUCCAGGAAGACAUUCUUGAGGCCAGGUCACACUCUUGCUAAAUUUUACUUGCUUUGUUCUAUAGCUCUUGGUAGAUUCCCUGUCUCUCUGGCUACAAGGUGUGGCUGUUCUGUUUGUAUGCUUAUUGUCCAGUUAGCUUAACCAGGGUGAAACUAGGUGUGUAAUGCUACAUGAAAGUAAUAAUUUCUAGCAUAAACACCAAUUUUAAUUUCAGGAAUUCUGUUAAAAAAUAAAAACCUUCAUUCUUAGACCAGUUUACACCGGAAAAAAAUCCAGGCUAAAUCACAAGUUUUUACUGAACGUUAACAUUUUUAUAACUCUAAUUUCCUUAAUAUGA